AUGUCGUCCCUUCCCAAGACUAUGAAGGCGGUUGUCAUCGAGAAGACUGGUGGGACCGAUGUUCUGCAGUACAAGACCGAUGUGCCUGUCCCUGAACCCAAGGGUGACGAGGUUCUCAUCAAGAACGAGUACAUUGGCAUCAACUACAUCGACACCUACUUCCGCUCCGGUGUCUACGCACCCCCCUCAUUCCCCUACAUCCUGGGACGCGAGGGCUCUGGUACCAUCGCCGCAGUCGGUCCCAAUGCGCCGUCUGACCUAACAGUCGGAGCUCGUGUAGCCUUCAUGGGCCAGAGUGCGUACGCUGAGUACACCGCAGCAACCUCCAAGUACGUAGUCACUAUCCCGAAUUCUAUCAGCACCAAGAUUGGCGCCGCCGUUCCCCUCCAGGCCCUUACUGCUCUUACCUUGAUCCGUGAAGCGUACGCUGUGCAGAAGGGCGACUGGAUACUGGUUACUGCCGCUGCGGGAGGUGUCGGGCUGUGGCUGUGCCAGUUGUUGAAGGCUGUUGGUGCGAGGACGAUUGCUACUGCGUCGACGCCUGAGAAGAGGGAGCUCGCGAAGCAAAAUGGUGCUGAGGUGUUGCUUGAGUACCAUGCGGAUGACCGAGAUGUGUUUGUCAAGAAGGUGCUUGAGAUUACCGGCGGUGAGGGUGUGCAUGCAGUGUUUGACUCUGUGGGUAAGGACACGUUUGACAGCAGUUUGGCGGUUGUCAGGAGGAAGGGAACGAUGGUCAGCUUCGGAAAUGCGUCAGGGCCGGUCACGGGUUUUGCUCUUGCACGCCUUUCGGCGAAGAAUGUCAAGCUGCUGCGUACCACGCUGUUCAACUACAUCGCUACCCGCGAGGAGUUCCAGCAGUAUGCUAAGGAGCUGUGGGGCUUCAUCGAGAAAGACGGGUUGAACGUCAAGAUCCACGACGUCUACCCAUUGGAGGACAUCAAGCGUGCGACUGAGGAUAUUGAGGGAAGGAAGACGACUGGAAAGCUGCUGUUGAAGCCGUAG